CGCUCCCGGAGCCGCGGGGGAGGGGACCCGAGAGUGGGCGGUGCCUCGCGCGCGGGCUCGAGCGCUAGCGCCCGCUGGCUGACGCGUCCCGCGGGCAUGCGCGCCGCCCCCGCCCGCGCCGUCCCCCGGGGGCCCGAGAGCGCGCGCCCUGCUGACGUCAGCGGGCGGCUGGCGGAGCGCUGCGCAGGACCAGGCGCACUCGCGCGCUGCGCUCUCCUCGCCUCCCCCUCCCUCCCCGCCCGCCCGCCCGCCCGGCGCGCGCGCGUGCCCUGCCCUCCCUGCCCGCCUCUUCUCGCGCUCCCCGCUGGCCGCGGCUCCCUCGCGCUCUCCCCGUCUCCUGGCCGCUCCGCCGAGCGAUGCGAGUUCUGGGCCCCGGCGACGCCGCCUCCCGCUAGAGAUCUGCACCCCCAACCCCCACCCCCGGCCCGGCCCUCUGCCCAGCCUUGCCCCGCGCGCGGGGGUCGGAGAAGGCGCCGCGGACGCACCGACGGCCGAGGAGCGGCGAUGCACAUGCACUAGCGGCACCCCCUAACUCACUCCCUCCACACCCCGCGCCGCCGCCGCCUCCACCUUCUCCGCCUCCGCCUCCUCCUCCUCCGCCUCCGGCAGCCGCGGCAGAAGGACCCACCCUGCCCCCCACCCCACCCUCCGCCGGCUCCGGCUGCGGAUCCAGCCUCGACUCCUAUUUUAUUUAUUUUGGGUCGUGCACUAGCUUCGGUGCCUGCAACCCGCGCCUCCCGGGCCCGCGGGCGCCUCCUCUCUCGACUCCGGAGCCCCAGACCCCGGCCACCCUCACCUCGACACCCCCAGACCCCAGCCAGCCGCCUCUAAUCUUCGCCGCUGGAAUCUUGAUAAAGGCUGUCCUUUUGGGGAA